AUGAAACGCUACGCAACAAAUCACGGCCUCUCGGUCAGCCCGCCCAAAGACGUCCGACGACCUACCCAUUUUCUCAGCAGGACAUCGAGUGUGGACUUGAUAGCCGAGCAGUACCGAGCCGUGCUCGAGUCCCGGCAUGCGUCGGUCCAUUCCGGGGGAGAGGAGGAGAAAGAGGAGGAGGGGUGGGAGCCUGCUCUGUCUUCUGGCGGAGACAACGACGACAGCACGGGCAGCCGCUGCUUCCUCUCGCACGAAGUCACAUUCGAAGACCCGUCCCGGAUGGUGGCCGAGUUUCCGGACCCGUCCCCGGCCUCGGAAGACGGCACGCUCGUCUCAUUCAAGGGAGACACGGUCUACUUCAAACCCGUCUCCUUCUCACCCGUUCCCUCUCCAGUUCCCGCUCCCGCCCCGAAUUCCAACUACGACCGCGAGCCCGAGGCAGAGGCAGAGAUUGAGCUGGAGCCCGAGCUCGAACCCGAAUGGCCCCACGCCGCCGCCGACGCCGCCGCCGCCCACCCACUGAGCCGGCAGAAGAGCCCGGAGAAUAACGUGAGCCUGCAGAUCUGCUUAGACCUGCUCACGCGCGAGCUGUCGUCGGCCAUGCCGGCCGCUGGACAUUGCACGGGCGGCCGCUCGUCGGCGCCGGACGCGGGCAUGUCGGCGCUGCAAGUCUGGGUCAUGAUCGAGGCGUACGAGAGGCUGCGCGACCACAUGGCCGAGCUCAGCUCGAGCAACGAGCAGGCGCGCUCAAUGGAGCGCAUGUUCGACAUGUGGCUGCGUGCACUGUACUCCAUCCACGACGCGAUGGCGGAGAAAGCGAAAGCGCAGGCGGGAAGAAGAUAG